AUGCCUAUGUGCCUGCUGUGUAUGACCUCACUCUCAAAUGAAAGUAUGCGUCCCAGCAAACUGAAAAAGCAUCUGGAGACUGCACAUAAAGACAAGAAAGACAAGCCGCUAGAUUUCUUCAAGAAAUUACGUGAUGAGUUCCAAGGGAGGAUGACAAGUGAAUCAUAUGUUUACCCAAAAAGUGGCAAAAGUUUUCUUGAUGUAGAUGAAAUAUGUCAAGAAAUGCUUUUCGCAUUGAAAUUAACGACUGACACUAAAGGAGAAUCCAUCUUCAAAAAACUUCUUGAGGUCUAUUUUGAGGAGAACAACAUUCCACUCAAGAACAUUGUGGCUUGUGCAACAGAUGGCGCUGCUGCUAUGAUAGGAAGGGAAACUCAAGCUGUUCUGGUUGAACCUUGGAAGACGAGAGUUUGCACAGUUUCCUUCCUUAGCAGUUAUAUCCACGAUCUGCUUGAUGAUGACCUAGCAGUGUAUGUUGACCAUCUGAAGCAGUUGCAUAAUGAUAUGGACACUCGCUUCUCUGACCUACUCCAAAUGACUGUGCCACACUGGUUUGUGGAUCCCUUCAUUGCUGAUGUAUCUGAAGUUGAUGUCACCCUACUAGAAAGUCUCAUUGAACUUCAGAAUAACACAACAGCUCAAGCAAGGUUCAAGCGUGGAGGACACCAGAAGCUGUGGAUGAAUCAAGAUGUGUAUAAGAAGUACCCAAUACUCUGGAAAAGAUGUGAAGGUUGCUCUUACUUGCCUUUCCCACGUCUUACUUGGUUGGAGAUGGUUUUUCAGUCGGGUGAUGUACUGCUGUCAAAGACACGAAAUCGCCUUGACAUAGAAAAAAGAGGCGAUUUACGUCUCUCUCUGAUAGCUUUCAAGCCAAACAUUGACAAGUUGGCAGCCUUGCAUCAGUCACAGGGAUCCCACUGA